UUAGCUACUGGCUGGUUUCGAAUGACAAGUCAUUUGCAUGUUACAACAGGUAACACACCUGUCUGGAUAGAACUCUUUUUCUUCCCAAUGAACUGCCAAACCCAAACACGCUUCUUUCAAACUUCUUCCAAAGCCGUGACACAUAGGAUUUCCUGAGACAUAACAAGGGUGAAGCUUCUACAGAGCGGCACCUUCAGUGCUUUUUUGACAUUUUAUGGUUUAUAUUAUUUAAUAUAUUUGAAUUACUCCAAGAAUGGAAUCACUAUCAAUGCUUUCAUCCUUGCAUGAUGAAGUUAAAUUGGAAAACUGCCUAGAACCCCACUAUAAAGAAUGCUACCGAAUGGCAAUUGAUGCACUUUUAGAAGGUGGUAUUGAUUUAUACAAAGACUUUCUACAGAAAGAAAGAGCCACAGAAUUCCUUGCAGAGGAUGAGCUGAACUAUAUCACAAAUCACAUACACAAGCCAUCAGAAAGUGUAGACAAUUCGCAAGGUGAUGUUACUGAUGACAACUCUUCUUCUGGAACAUAUUGGCCUUUGGAAUCUGAUGUAGAGGCACCAAACCUUGAUCUUGGUUGGCCUUAUGUAGCUCCCAGUCAAGUAGGAACUACAGAUAUAAAUUUAUAUUUUCAUCCUCCAAGAGGACAUCCUUUCACAAUAAAAGAAAUGAUUAGAAGAAUGAUUAAGGAAGCAAAACAGGUAAUCGCCAUUGUUAUGGAUAUGUUUACAGAUGUAGAUAUAUUUAGGGAACUUGUGGAGGCAUCAAGCAGAGGAGUUCCAAUUUAUCUUCUUCUAGACGACAUAAACUUUCCACAUUUUCUCAAAAUGACAGAGAAACAAGGAGUUCAGAUGCAAAGGCUCAGAAACUUAAGAGUAAGAACUGUCAAAGGUCAAGAUUAUUUUUCAAAGUCUGGUGCCAAAUUCUCUGGCAAAAUGGACCAAAAGUUUCUACUGGUGGAUUGUGAGAAGGUUAUGUAUGGAACUUACAGUUUUAUGUGGUCGUAUGAGAAGAUACACUUAAGUAUGGUCCAGAUUAUCACUGGAAAACUAGUAGAAUCAUUUGAUGAAGAAUUUAGAACAAUCUAUGCCCGUUCUUGUAUCCCUGCUGCAUUUGGUUCCGAGGAACUGGUGUCUGGAAAACUGAAAAAAAUUCCAUUCGAAAAUGGCACAUACCAAUCUUCAAUGUCUUCAUUGCUCUCAGCCUCAUCCCAACGGAGUCUAUUUGGCAGGAAAGAACAUGCGUUGGAUUCUACCUAUUUAAAACCACGGACUAGAUUUCUAAACAAUGAAGAUGAUACAUUUGGCAUGAGAAAUGCAGCAUAUCGACCUCAUCAGUUGGGAUUUAAUGUUCAAAGUAAAAUUCAGCCUUUUCAACAGUUUGAAAGACAUGACAAUUGGAAAAGACAUAGCUAUGCUGCAGGGGACAAAACAGAGAUGUCACCUUAUAUGAUGCUAAAUAGAGCAAAUAACAAUAGAAUGAAUAAUGCCCCUGCUACCUGGAAUAGACAAGUAGAUGUUGCUAGCAUUGGGUCUUCAUCAAGGGGUGGCUAUUUAAGUAACUACAAUGGAUCUACACAAAGUUUUGCAACCCGACUAACACAGAGAAUAGUUCCAAACCUAUCUGAGAGAAAUGUCCGAAGGUCUUUCCACGGUGCUGAUAAUCACAUACGAUCUGUACAACAAAGAAUGCCAACAUUGGAACGCACCACAAAAUCAUUUCUAAGAAACUGGAGAAUAGAAUCAUACUUAAAUGAUCAUUCAAAUGUCCCUCCUGAUUCAAAUGACACAUUUAGUGAGAGAAAUGAAGCAUCUGAAGGAACUGAAAGCAUUACUGAUAACUCUCUUUACAGCAAUUCCCGGCUUCGCUCUUCACUCUUAUAUAAUACUACAUUGUCUGAACAAAUGGAAGCAAACAGUUGUACCACUGGCUCCUCCCAUUCAAAUUCCACUAUAGUUGACUCCCAGGGUAGCCUUACACCAAUACCAUCAUCACCGUCAACGCAUAUUAGCAGGUUCUCCGAUAAUAUGGAUCAAAAUAAAUGUAUAAAUUAUGAAAACCAACACACUACUCAUCAUGAUGCUUUAAAAAGGCAUAGUCUGCAUGUUCCCGAAAGUUCAAGACUUGGUUCAACUUACACUUCUAAUAUAGGACCAACGAGUUACUUGUACAGAGGUCUGUGUACAAACAAUCAGACUGAACCUACUAAUAAACAGAAUGAUAACCUUUUCAAGAGGAGAAGUUUGCCUCUCUUUGAACGCAGAAAAGUAAAUGGAGCUCAAAAUAACACCAUAGUGCCACCAAACUACAUUUAUAAUUCGUUGGUUAGGAGAAAACCUGAAUCCACUCUGCAGGAGAAUACUUUGAACUUUACUAGCACUCCAAAUCUAGAAAAUACUUCACACCAUAUUGAUGAAAAUACAAACAGUAAAUCACAGUCUUCUCUUGUUACUCAAGCAAUAUCAUCAGAAUCGUUAGAUGUAGCCAGUCAGGAAGACCACAAUGGCCAUUCACCAACAAAGAAAGAAAGCAAAGGCUCCCCCAAUUUCCUUAAAAAGGGAUCACAAAAACUGAAAUCUCUUCUGAAUCUGGCACCUGAGAAAAAAGAAAAUAUCUCCAAAAGUAAAACGCCGGCUUUUCAUAGAAUGUGCAGUAGUUCUGAUACCUUAAUUUCUGAAGGCAACGAACAGGGAAAUCUAAAAAAGCCUGACACAAAAAAUAUCUCACCUAAAAAAGACAAAUUAAAACUCUCUGCUUCCCAAUUUAGCUUAAAUAAAAGUAAAGAAAGCAUUUGCACAGUCCCCCCUAAAUCUCCAAGGACCAUUUGUGAAGAAGCCAACCAAGUAACAGAAACCCCCGAAAUGAUUAUUACUGAAAAAACAGGAGAUGCGUCUACACCACGAUUUAAUACAGAGCAGAUUCAGUAUCAAGACACCAGGGCAUAUGGCACAUAUAGAAGUUUAAUGCAAUCCUCUGUACAAAGAGAUCCUUCUUGGAAUCCACAGACAGAGGUAUUACCAAGGGAAAUGCCACAACACAACGAAAUUCCUUCUAUGGUGCAGAGAGAAAUGCAUCUAAGGCACUCACAGCACAGGGGGAUGCAACAAACAGAUUUACAGCAAAGGAAUAUGUUUUCACAACCCACCCCUCAAGAGGAGGUUAAUCAUGCUAGAGUAAAUGAGAGAAGGGUGUAUAGUCGUUUCGAACCUUUUUGUAAAUUAGAAAACUCUAUGCCUGUACACAACAGUAAUGUUCACAUUUCAGAUUACCAAAGCAAAGGGGUGAUGAAUACUUAUAACAGACCCAAUAACACACUUGGUUACAAUUCUCCAGGGUAUAAUUCUAUACAACCUAAUGAGAAUAAGUUUGGCAGGUUUAUGCAAAAAUUUGGAAGUUUUAUUCACAAAAAACAAUAACUGUGGAAAUAAGUGGACUUUACUUACUAACAAUAUUGGCAUAUGAGAUAUGCGAAUGCUCAAGAACUUUUUGUAUAUUUUACAACUUCAUAAUAAAACUGCAUAUAUGCACUUCUCCGACUUCGCUAAUUGCUUCAAAGAGAAAAUAAAGCUGUUUAUUUAUUAAA